AUGGCUGUUGGUAAGAACAAGAGACUAUCCAAGGGUAAGAAGGGUCUAAAGAAGAAGGUCGUCGACCCUUUCACCAGAAAAGAAUGGUACGACAUUAAGGCUCCAUCGACUUUCGAAAACAGAAACGUCGGGAAGACCUUGGUCAACAAGUCUACUGGUUUGAAAAACGCCGCCGACUACUUGAAGGGCAGAGUCGUCGAAGUGUGCUUGGCCGACUUGCAAGGUUCUGAGGACCACUCCUUCAGAAAGGUCAAGUUGAGAGUUGACGAAGUUCAAGGUAAGAACUUGUUGACCAACUUCCACGGCAUGGACUUCACCACUGACAAGAUGAGAUCGAUGGUCAGAAAAUGGCAAUCCUUGAUCGAGGCUAACGUCACCGUUAAGACUGCUGACGACUACGUCUUGAGAAUAUUCGCCAUUGCCUUCACCAGAAGACAAUCUAACCAGGUGAGAAAGACUUCUUACGCCAAGAGUUCCCACAUCAGAGCCAUCAGAAAGGUCAUCUCCGAGAUCUUGACUAGAGAGGUCCAAAACUCUACCUUGGCUCAAUUGACUUCCAAGUUGAUCCCAGAAGUCAUCAACAAGGAAAUCGAGAACGCUACUAAGGACAUCUUCCCAUUGCAAAACGUUCAUAUCAGAAAGGUCAAGCUAUUGAAGCAGCCAAAGUUCGACUUGGGUGCUUUGAUGUCUUUGCACGGUGAGGCCUCUGGUGAAGAGAAGGGUAAGAAGGUUGCUUCCGGUUUCAAGGAUGAGAUCUUGGAAACUGUGUAA